AUGAGCACUUCUCCAAAUGAUAAAAAAAUUGAAGAAAAUAUGGCAACGGAAAGAUCCAAUAGGCAUUCACAACAAUCAAUAUCACCUUUGCCCUCUUUGAGGAAAACUUCUAGCACAAAUAAUCCAUACAAUAAUAACAAUGAUGCCUCAAAUAAUCCAAAGCAUAAUAAUAGUACAAAUCUAAGUAAUAGCGACUUAUUGUCAGCUGUUGCUAAUUCCCCUACCUUGUCAACUAAACAUAGCAAUACUGCGAAUAAAACCUCGACGGCUGGGAACAUUAGAAAAGUGUUUUCUGUUGAUGAUGAUUUAAAUGAAGUUGAAAAUGAUGUAAAGUAUCUGGAAGGCUUACAAGAUGGAUUGAAGCUGGCUAAACAGAGAUUAAAAAAAAAUGGUGUAUUGCCACGAAACAAACAACAAGAUGGCUCCAAUAACACCAGUGUUUAUCACCAAGAUUAUAUGGACAUUGGUAAAAAUAAUAGGAAUUUAAGCAGCACCACGACUGAUCGUAGAAAUGAAGAUUUGAUUACGAACCGGUGUGAAGAAACUAACAAAGCAAACGAUAAUCCAGAGGAAUCUGGAAAUUUGGAUGAGAAUGACAAUUUGGGGAACAAUGACACAGAUGCUCGGCAGUUGCGAGAAUUCAAUCCGGAUGACUUUUUAUAUAAAAACCAUGCGGGUAUUGUUCAGCAUGAUCCUAACGAUCAAUUGGAGAGUUAUGAGUCACUGAAUCCAAUUUAUUCAGCCUCUAAUCACACACAUUCUAAUAGUAACCAUAACAAGGAUACUAAUGAUAGUCAGGCCGACCAUGAGGAUUACUCUGAUGACAAUGAAGAUGCCGAAUCGUUCACAUUACGUGAAAGACAGAAUGCAAUUAAUGAAACGCAUCCAUUUGGUAUUAGAAUUUGGAAGCCAGCUUUGUAUAAAAAAUCUAGGUCUAUUCAAAAAGCUGCCGAUCAAGAUAUUCACGAGACUAGAUACAAAGAUAUUCCACUCUUAAUUAAGAUUAACAAUGUAUUAUAUUCUAUAAUUUUAGGGCUUCCCUUGAUGUUAUUAUCCUUUUCCUUAGCAUUUGUGAUAUUUACUUUAACAGGGUUUGGCUUAAGUAAAGCUGGUGUUGAAUAUGCUAGAGUAUUUUUUAAAGUGGGGUUAUAUUUGUUUUGGCCAUUUGGUAUUUUGAUGUAUAUGUUGAAAGAUGAGAACUAUUAUGAUGAAGACAGGUUUGAAGGUGUUACAGUAUCUGAGUUUUAUCGCUGGAUAACCAGUUACAAGUUAUUUUCAAACGAUGGAGCACAGGGAAGUGGCGAGGGGGAGCAAUCUGCGAAUGCUAUUGAUAGGAACACCACUGAUCCACAAGGGAAUCCAUCAAUUAGUAAAAAUAAUAUCAGUAGUUCAUCAUUUUUGUUGCAUACCACACCAUCUAAUUACGGCUCUGUCCCAACAACUAGUGAUCGACCAACCGGACAGCUGAAGAGGUAUGGGUCACUAUUGAAUGCACCAAGGUUGAGUAAAGUGCGGAAUGCUGAGGGGAAUGUUGUUGGUGGUAAACAGAAAAGGGGUGAUCGGCCCAAUGGUGGUCAUGCUACAGAUGAGUGUAGCAGUUCGAGUUUUGAGCAACGUAGAUAUUUUGGCAGAGGUAAAUGGACUUUUGCAAGAGUUAUUUUUUAUGUAUUGUAUUAUUUAGUGUUUACACCAAUUUUGGGGGUAUUGAGUUUAAUUACCUGGUUGGGUGUAUUUACGAUUCCAAUGAGUAAUGUUAUGGGGACGACGAUAUUUGGGUUUUGUUUAAUAUCCACGAUACCUCUAGCAUUUUACAUUGGACAAGCAGUGGCUUCGAUCAGUGCACAAACUUCGAUGGGGUUGGGUGCAGUGAUUAAUGCAUUUUUUUCGACUAUUGUAGAGAUUUUUUUGUAUUGUGUGUCAUUACAACAGCGCAAGGGGUUAAUUGUGGAAGGUGCUUUAAUAGGUUCCAUAUUGGGAGCGGUAUUGUUAUUGCCUGGGUUUUCAAUGUGCGCGGGCGCAGUUAAAAGAAAAACACAACGGUAUAAUCCGCGUAGUGCUGGUGUGUCGAGUGCAAUGUUGAUUUUUAGUAUGAUGGUUAUGUUUAUUCCAACAAUGUUUUAUUUGAUAUACGGAGAUUACAAAAUCAAAUGUGUUGACCUGGUAACGAAUGGUAAGGAGAAUAAAGACCAACGGUGUCAUUUUGAACAGGAGGAAUUAACUUUUGAUAAGUUGUAUACAAAGGUGAUUAAACCUAUUAGUAUCUCGUGUGCAAUUAUCUUAUUUGUAGUUUAUUUUAUUGGGUUGUUGUUUACAUUACGGACACACGCUGCUUUGAUUUGGAGUUUACCUAUUUCAAGUGAUAAGCAGAACGGAGGAGCAUCCUCUAACACAAAUGGUUCUGGCUCAAACAACGUUGCAAGUGAUCUUGAGCAAUCGAUUCAUUCUACUACGACAGGUGAAGAUGCGAACCAUGGUGCACCUGCCGUUGCAAAUAACAACAACACCAAUGUUGUUACUAAUUCUUCGGGCCAUGAAGCACCCAAUUGGUCCAGAUCUAAAUCCACCAUAAUUUUGUUAGUGGCAACGCUAGCAUACGCUGUAAUAGCCGAUAUUUUGGUUGAUUGUGUAGAUGAGGUUUUGAAGGAUAACCCAUCAAUUAAUCCGAAGUUUUUAGGUUUAACUAUUUUUGCAUUGGUACCAAACACGACAGAGUUUUUAAAUGCAAUGUCUUUUGCUAUGAACGGAAACGUUGCAUUGAGUAUGGAAAUAGGUACUGCAUAUGCUUUGCAGAGAACAAAUGUUUACUUUAGUUUUUCCCCGUUGGGAUUUGAUAGCAUGCAUGGUUAG